ACACCUCUCUCAGAUUUUGCCUCCCGCAGCUCCAGUGCCCAGAGCAUCCUCUCUCCGGGUUCCGCAACCCCAUCCCCUCCCCUAGAGCCCCCUAGAGCCCAGUAGGAAGCUUCCCGAUCCUCGACCCCACCCUAGGCCCCCGGAAGCUGCCUUCCUCCUCCUCACUUCUCGGGCUUGGGAUCCAGCCGGAUGGACCCAGGUUGCAGAGCGAGAGGGUAACCCAGGCGACCCGGCCCCUUCGGCCCUCUCAGCCCCACCCCCUGCAGCCGGAGCCGCGCCCCCCUCUACCACCGAUCCCGGAGCAGAGGACAGAAGAGGCUGAGCAAAGGGGGGUGGGGGCUCCAGGCAACACCCAGCCCAGUUCUGCCCCUCCAUUCCAAGGGGCAGAUAAAUUGUAUUCCUUUGCUGACCCUUUAGCAGGGGAAAAAAUAAUAAAGAGAAAGAUAAAAGGAGACGGAGGAAAGGUGGCAGCCAGAUUGCUUAGGAGAGAAGAAAUCGGGGUGAGUCGCCAUGGGGACUCCCAGGGCCCAGCACCCGCCGCCUCCCCAGCUGCUGCUCCUGAUUCUGCUGAGCUGUCCCUGGAUUCAGGGUCUGCCUCUUCAGGAAGAGGAGACGCUGCCGGAGCCUGGCAGCGAGACCCCCACCGUGGCCUCGGAGGCACUGGCCGAGCUGCUCCACGGGGCCCUACUGAGGAGGGGCCCGGAGAUGGGCUACCUGCCUGGAUCUGAUCCAGACACUACACUGGCCACCCCUCCAGCCGGCCAGACUCCCGCAGCACCCUACCUGCCACGGGCCACUGAACCAGCCACAGGGCCUCUGACAACAGCCGUAACCCCUAAAGGCGUCAGGGGGGCAGGACCCACAGCGCCAGAGCUGCUGACCCCGCCCCCAGGAACCACAGCCCCGCCCCCUCCCAGUCCCCCCUCCCCGGUCCCACCUCUGGGACCCGAGGGAGGAGAGGAAGAGACCACGACUACCAUCAUCACCACGACCACCGUCACCACCACAGUGACCAGUCCAGUUCUGUGCAAUAACAACAUCUCCGAGGGCGAAGGAUUUGUGGAGUCUCCAGACUUGGGGAGCACCGCCAGUCGCACCCUAGGACUCCUGGACUGCACGUACAGCAUCCACGUCUACCCUGGCUACGGCAUUGAGAUCCAGGUCCAGACACUGAACCUGUCUCAGGAGGAGGAGCUCCUGGUGCUGGCUGGAGGGGGCUCCCCAGGCCUGGCCCCCCGACUCCUGGCCAACUCUUCCAUGCUGGGACAAGGACAGGUCCUUCGGAGCCCAACGAACCGGCUGCUCCUGCACUUCCAGAGCCCGCGCGUCCCACGGGGCGGUGGCUUCAGGAUCCACUAUCAGGCCUACCUGCUGAGCUGUGGCUUCCCUCCGCGGCCGGCCCACGGGGACGUGAGUGUGACAGACCUGCACCCUGGGGGCUCUGCCACCUUCCACUGUGACUCAGGCUACCAGCUGCAGGGCGAGGAGACCCUUGUCUGCCUCAAUGGCACCCGGCCAGCCUGGAACGGCGAACCCCCCAGCUGCAUAGCGUCCUGUGGAGGCGCCAUCCACAAUGCAACCCUGGGCCGCAUUGUGUCCCCUGAGCCUGGGGGAGCCGCUGGCCCCAACCUCACCUGCCGCUGGGUCAUUGAAGCAGCUGAGGGCCGCCGGCUGCACCUGCACUUUGAGAGGGUCUCGCUGGAUGAGGACAAUGACCGGCUGCUGGUGCGCUCAGGGGGCAGCCCCCUGUCCCCAGUGAUCUACGACUCGGACAUGGAUGACGUCCCCGAGCGGGGCCUCAUCAGCGACGCUCAGUCGCUCUACGUGGAGCUGCUGUCGGAGACGCCCGCCAAUCCCCUGCUGCUCAGCCUCCGAUUCGAAGCCUUCGAGGAGGACCGAUGCUUCGCCCCCUUCCUGGCCCAUGGCAACGUCACCACCACGGACCCCGAGUACCGCCCAGGGGCGCUGGCCACUUUCUCCUGCCUUCCGGGGUAUGCCCUGGAGCCCCCAGGACCCCCCAACGCUAUCGAAUGUGUGGAUCCCACGGAACCCCACUGGAACGCCACAGAGCCAGCCUGCAAGGCCAUGUGCGGAGGGGAGCUGUCGGAGGCAGCUGGCGUGGUCCUCUCUCCUGAUUGGCCCCAGAGCUACAGCCCCGGCCAGGACUGCGUGUGGGGCCUGCACGUCCAGGAAGAGAAGCGCAUCUUGCUCCAAGUUGAGAUCCUGAAUGUCCGCGAAGGGGACAUGCUGACCCUGUUCGACGGCGACGGCCCCAGCGCCCGAGUUCUGGCUCAGCUGCGGGGCCCUCAGCCGCGCCGCCGCCUGCUCUCCUCUGGGCCGGACCUUACGCUGCAGUUCCAGGCACCGCCCGGACCCCCGAAUCCGGGCCUGGGACAGGGCUUCGUACUGCAUUUCAAAGAGGUCCCCAGGAACGACACGUGCCCCGAGCUGCCGCCUCCGGAGUGGGGCUGGAGGACGGCGUCUCACGGGGACCUGAUCCGGGGCACGGUGCUCACUUACCAGUGCGAGCCUGGCUACGAGCUGCUGGGCUCCGACAUCCUCACCUGCCAGUGGGACCUGUCCUGGAGCGCCGCGCCGCCCGCCUGCCAGAAGAUCAUGACUUGUGCCGACCCUGGUGAGAUCACCAACGGCCACCGCACCGCCUCGGACGCCGGCUUUCCCGUGGGCUCCCACGUCCAGUACCGCUGUCUGCCCGGGUACAGCCUGGAGGGGGCAGCCGUGCUCACCUGCUACAGCCGGGACACAGGGACUCCCAAGUGGAGCGACCGGGUCCCCAAAUGCGCCUUGAAAUAUGAGCCGUGCCUGAACCCUGGGGUCCCCGAGAAUGGCUACCAGACGCUGUACAAGCACCACUACCAAGCGGGGGAGUCGCUGCGCUUCUUCUGCUACGAGGGCUUCGAGCUCAUCGGCGAGGUCACCAUCACCUGUGUGCCCGGCCACCCCUCCCAGUGGACCAGUCAGCCCCCGCUCUGCAAAGUGGCCUAUGAGGAGCUCCUGGACAACCGAAAACUGGAAGUGACCCAGACCACAGACCCGUCGCGGCAGCUGGAGGGAGGGAACCUUGCCUUGGCCAUCCUGCUGCCCUUGGGCUUGGUCAUUGUCCUUGGCAGUGGCGUUUACAUAUACUAUACCAAGCUGCAGGGGAAAUCCCUCUUCGGCUUCUCAGGCUCCCACUCCUACAGCCCCAUCACCGUGGAGUCAGACUUCAGCAAUCCGCUGUAUGAAGCCGGGGAUACGCGGGAGUAUGAAGUUUCUAUCUGAAGCCAAGGCUAAGGCUAUGGGACCCAGGACGCCCCUCCCCUCCCCCACCCGGGGCAGCGGGGAACACAGGACCUGGUCUCUGGCUGGCUCCUGGCUCCCCUCUUCCCUGCUGUGUACAUAGUCUCCCCCCAUCCCACGAGGGGGCUUCCGUGGCCCUGGAGACCCGACGGUAAAUAAACCAGCAUCCUGCCUCCCAAAGCCUCUUCUUGUCAGUUGCCAAACAAGGGGGAGGCCUGCUCUCCCCCACCCUACUGGCUUUUGGAUCCCAGGAGGGGAACUCAGCCCUUCCCCCAGCCCCUGCAACUCCUGGGGCCCCUGCAGCCCAGGGCACCCCUCCAGGACUGCCCCUGACAGCCCUGUGGUUCCCCUGGCCCCUCCUCUCCCAGAUGCCUGGGUCUUCUCCGAGGGGCGGGGGUCGGGAGAAGAGGGAGGAAGGGGCAAGCCGGGCCCAGGCCCCGCCCCCUUUCUGCUGUCUGCCCAACCCCCAUUUUCUCCACCUUUGCUUCUGGAUUUUUGUUUUUGAGCAAUAAACAGAAAAUCGUCACUUGUAA